AUGAGGGAUGCCCAAAUCCGAUACCCAAAGGCUGAAAGGGCGUGUCUAGCAUUGGUUCACGCAAUUCAUAGGUUCAGACAUUAUCUACUAUCAAACAGAGUCGUGUUGGUGGCCAAAGCUGAUCCCAUAAAAUUCUUACUGUCGAAUGCUUUGAUCGGGAGACCAGCAAAUUGGAUACUUCAAAUGUCAGAAUUUGACAUAGCGUGUGUCCCUCCAAAAGAAAUUAAAGGACAAGAAGUUGCAGACUUACUUGCUGCUUUCCCUGGAGAAGACAUCACGAUGUUGCGUGAAGAAGUGUUGGGUGAGUUUCCAGAAAUUUCAAUCAUUCAGGAAGAAACAUGGCUAUUAUAUUUUGAUGGAUCUUCUACUCCGAGCAAUGAUACUGGUGGAGCGGGCAUUGUGCUAGUAUCUCCAUCCGGCAAGGUCUUCUCACAUUCAUUCAAGCUUUCAAGGAGACUAUCCAACUGUGAAUCUACACCACAUUCAUAUACAAUUUCUACUUUCCCGACACAAGAUACAACAAAACUCUACACCACCACUCAUGCAAUCUCAGGUCACUGCCAUCUGCAAUUCCAAUCCUAG